AUGGCCAAAGGAAGCGGCGUCGCAUCCUCGCCGCCUCCCGCAUCAACACCUGCCCUGAAGCGCUCGACUUCCAGCACGCAAAACAUGAAGAAUCAGCGGUCUAUCUUGGGUUUCUUCCAAAAGUCUUCGCCAGCAACUCCUUCUACAGCGCCGCGUAAGGCUGCACCUCCGGCAGAACCUGCGUCAUCUCCAGCGCAACGCGCCGGCGAAACUAAGUCGUCUACCAAGAGGACUUCUGUCCCGAACUUGACGCCGGCGCCGAGCAGUGAUGUGAUUGAGCCGGAUGAGGAUGAUUCUGCAACUCCGAAGGCCGGCAAAAAUGCACAAGAUGAUCAGUCUUUAACGCCGUCCAGGAGGACGAAGAAGAAAAUAAAUUAUCUGGAAUCCGACAGUGAAGGCGUAGACGAUGACGAGGAGAUCUUCCGACCCCAACCAUCCCGAAAGAGACGUCGACCAGCUAUUGAAAGUGAAGAUGAAUUUCAGGAUGAUGGAAAAGAUGAUCCUGUGUCUGAUGAUGAAAUGGAUGACUUUGUCGUUGCCGAUGAGUCGGAGGAAGAUGCUCGCCCGAACAAAAAGAGGAAGAAAGCCUCUGCGAAGCCCGCGCAACGCAAUAAAGGAACUCCCGAAGAACUUGUCCGCCCAACAGAUGCAGACCUUGACUUGGACAUCCCAGAAGCGUCGGCAGGAGGCACCGCACAGAAAUGGACAUAUGACCCAGAAAACACGGAGCCUCGUCAAGAGCGACAAGAACGGCAGCCUUCUUCGAGUGGAACAAAGCGCAAGGAAAAGGCACAUGAGACCGAGCCGGAGAAGAGAUAUCCAUGGUUGGCCAAUAUCAUGGACAUGGACAAGAAUCCACCUGGUCAUCCCGACUACGACCCUCGUAACAUAUACAUUCCACCUUUGGCGUGGAGUAAAUUUUCCCCAUUCGAGAAGCAGUACUGGGAGAUCAAACAGAAAUUCUGGGAUACUAUUGUCUUCUUCAAGAAGGGAAAGUUUUAUGAACUCUACGAGAAUGAUGCGACGAUUGGCCAUCAACUGUUUGAUCUCAAACUCACCGAUCGAGUAAACAUGCGUAUGGUCGGUGUGCCUGAGAUGAGUCUCGACCACUGGGCAAACCAAUUCGUUGCCAAAGGUUUUAAGAUUGCACGAGUUGAUCAAUCAGAGUCAGCAUUGGGCAAGGAGAUGCGUGAGCGUGACGAUAAAAAGGUUAAAGGUGGCAAGGAAGACAAGAUCAUCAAGCGAGAACUAUCGUGCGUUCUUACCGCUGGAACACUGGUUGAAGGCUCUAUGCUUCAGGAUGACAUGUCGACAUAUUGCGUUGCAAUUAAAGAAAUCAUUCUUGAUGGAGCACCCGCCUUUGGGCUUGCAUUCGUGGACACUGCCACUGGUCAAUUCUACUUGUCCGAGUUCAAGGAUGAUGCCGACAUGACCAAAUUUGAGACCUUUGUCGCCCAGACGCGACCCCAAGAGUUGCUGCUGGAGAAAUCUGCUGUCAGCCAGAAAGCAAUGCGUAUUUUGAAGAACAACACUGGCCCGACGACUCUUUGGAAUCAUCUUAAACCAGGCAAGGAGUUCUGGGAAGCUGAUAUUGCAGUGCGAGAAUUGGACGCUUCGGACUAUUUCGUGUCCCCAGACAGUGACAAUAUCGAUGCCUGGCCUCAAGUCUUACGUGAAGCUCGUGAGAAAGAAAACGCCAUGUCGGCAUUUGGUGCUUUGGUUCAGUACCUCAGGGUUCUGAAGCUUGACCGUGAUCUAAUUUCCAUCGGUAACUUUACAUGGUACGAUCCCAUCCGCAAGGCUACGAGUUUGGUUCUAGAUGGUCAGACUCUGAUCAACUUGGAGAUAUUUGCCAAUUCGUUUGACGGCGGAUCUGAGGGUACCUUGUUCCAGCUUCUCAACCGCUGUAUCACUCCAUUCGGCAAACGCAUGUUCAAGCAAUGGGUUUGCCAUCCAUUGAUGGAUAUUGAUAAAAUCAAUGCUCGCUUUGAUGCGGUUGAUGCGUUGAAUGCUGAUUCCACUAUUCGUGACCAGUUCUCGUCACAAUUAACCAAAAUGCCGGAUUUGGAGCGACUGAUAUCUCGUAUCCACGCUGGUGCUUGCAAGGCGCAGGAUUUUCUACGCGUUCUUGAAGGUUUCGAGCAGAUUGAAUAUACUAUGAGCUUGCUAAAAGACCUCGGAUCUGGAGAAGGGCUUAUCGGCAAACUCGUUUCAUCUAUGCCAGACUUAGUGUCACCACUCGAGUAUUGGAAGACCGCCUUUGAUCGACUCAAAGCCAAGGAGAACGGUAUUCUCGUUCCUGAGCUAGGCAUCGAAGAAGACUUCGAUGCUUCUCAAGCAAUUAUCGAGCAGAUACAUCGUGAUCUAGAAAAUUUGCUGAAGAAGGCUCGCCGUGAUCUUGGAUCGACCACCAUCUGUUACAGAGAUAAUGGCAAAGAAAUCUACCAACUUGAGGUACCUAUCAAGGUCAAAAAUGUUCCAAAGACUUGGGAUCAGAUGUCGGCAACGAAACAAGUGAAGCGUUACUACUUUCCAGAACUGCGAGCACUUAUCCGCAAGCUUCAGGAGGCACAAGAAACUCACAAUCAGAUCGUGAAGGAAGUCGCAGGUCGAUUCUAUGCACGAUUUGAUGAGGAGUAUGAGACUUGGUUGAAGUCUAUUAGAAUCGUCGCUCAAUUAGAUUGUCUAAUUAGUCUGGCCAAAGCUUCGUCGUCUCUGGGACAACCAAGCUGCAGACCAGAGUUUGUCGACAGUGAUAAAAGUGUGCUCGAAUUUGAAGAGCUCCGACAUCCGUGUAUGUUGAAUGUCACCGACUUUAUUCCGAACGACGUGCAGCUGGGAGGUGAUAGAGCCAGUAUCAACCUGUUGACCGGCGCAAAUGCGGCUGGUAAAUCGACAAUUCUUCGCAUGACCUGUGUUGCGGUCAUUAUGGCUCAGAUUGGCUGCUACAUACCAUGCCAAAGCGCUCGUCUCACCCCUGUCGAUCGAAUAAUGUCUCGACUCGGAGCAAACGACAACAUUUUCGCGGCUCAAUCAACCUUCUUUGUCGAGCUGUCUGAAACAAAGAAAAUCCUAUCGGAGGCAACGCCUAAAUCAUUAGUGAUUCUUGACGAGCUUGGUCGUGGUACUAGCUCUUACGACGGCGUAGCCGUCGCACAGGCCGUGUUGCAUCACAUCGCCACACACGUUGGAGCCCUAGGCUUCUUCGCAACCCAUUACCAUUCCCUUGCAGCCGAGUUCGAGAACCACCCGGAAAUUUCCCCUAAACGAAUGCGGAUCCACGUCGACGACGAAGAGCGACGAGUCACAUUCCUCUACAAACUAGAAGACGGCGUCGCUGAGGGUAGUUUCGGUAUGCACUGUGCCUCGAUGUGCGGCAUCCCCAAUAAGGUCAUUGAGAAUGCAGAGAACUCUGCCAAACAAUGGGAGCAUACGAGUCGAUUGACUGAGAGUCUCGAGCGUCGUAAGGGUGGCGGUCUUGUCGGGCUCGGAUGGUGGAGUGAUGUAGCCUGGAUGCUCCGUGAGGGCGACAAUGUCGAUGUAUCCGAUCGAGGACUGGAGAUUCUUCGCAAGGCUAUUGAGACGUUGUAA